AUGGCCUUGGCCCGGUUGAAGGCGGUUGAGGAUGAAAAGGCUGCGUUAGAGGUGGCCUUAGGAGCUGAGAGAGCGAAUACGGCGACGCAGCAGAAGACCAUGUACACUCUGCGGGGGAAAAAUAUCGAGGCGCAAUCGGUAGAGAUGGAGCUGCGAAGCCAGGUGGAGACGUUGAAACAAGAAAAGAGCCAAGCAGAGAAGGAACUUCGUGCCACCUUGUUGCAGUGGAAAUAUGACCUCGAGAGAAGCGAGAAGAUGGCCGUGGACCGGUUGAAGGUGGUUGAGGAUGAAAAGGCUGCCUUGGAGGUGGCCUUAGGAGCCGAGAGAGCGAACAUGGCGAUGCAACAGAAAACCAUCAACUACAUGAAGAAUACUCUUCGGGAGAAAAAUAUCGAAGCUCAGUUGUUGGAGUCCGAGCUGGGAGAACAGGUGGAGACGUUGAAGAAAGAAAAGAGCAAAGCAGCAGAGGACGGGCAGCGUCAAACUAAAGAGGACAAGAUCAGGAACGGGUUGGCACGGCUCGUCGAGAAGGAUUUACGGAAGCAGGUGGCCACGCUAAAGCAGUCGAUUAAAGAAUUGAGCCAAGCAGCAGAGGACGGGCAGCGUCAAACCAAAGAGGAGAAGGUCAGGAACGGGCUGACACGGCUCGUCGAGAAGGAUUUACGGAAGCAGGUGGCCUCGCUAGAGCAGUCACGCAGGCAACAAGCGGACGAGAUUCGGAAUCUCUUGGUUCAGCUUCAGGAUCUGCAGCGGAACGAGGAACAGCACAUUGACAGUGUUGUCACUUUCGGAAGAACCCAGGGCUUCAAUGCCACGGCUAGCGCCCUGGGUGACGGCCAUCCAGACUGUCCGCGGCUGCACGCCAAAUUCUACCCCCGUUGGGAGGCGUCCGUUGGGGUUGCGGUAGUGGGAAUCUUCAGGAUCACGGUCCCCGCAGGCGUUCGUGGCAAGCACCUCAGCUACGUACGGAGCCACGGGAAUGUUGUCCAGUGCUUCCAUGGAACCUCGUGCAGGAGCGCAUGCAACUUCAUCCUCGACCCCAAGAAAGCUGCACCGUGCGGGCUGCAGGAUUGCAACGUAUGCAACAUUUGCUUGCAAGGCUUCAAGAUCGGGAAAAGCUCGACACGGUACGGACGGGGAGUUUACUUCAGCAAACAAGCUACCAAGGCCAACUCCUACGCUGGGGGAAGUGAGAAGAAGGAGAACGGGAAAAAGUUGCGAUGCAUCUUUGUGGCCGACGUGGCGAAGGGGAGAGACUUCGUCACCAAGAAGACCGGGUUUGAUGGUGCCAGAUACCCACCGGUAGGCCACGAUUCCGUCCAGGGUGAGGUCGGAAAUGGGUUGGACUUCGAGGAGCUGGUUGUGUACCACGAAGAGGCCGCCAUACCGACCCAUCUAAUCGUCUACACCGUUCCGUAGACAGACCCGGCCACCACAGGGUCACUCAAUACGAGACAUCACGCCGGGUGACAGGAUUCACCAGAAAACAUCGGACAACAAUCCGCUUCGGGCUAGGCACGAGGAUCGCAGCCUUCGUUUCAUCGGGCUUCACUUCCACCCCUUCCACCAUUACGGCAUCUGCGACUUGGAUAGCCUUUCCUCGUUGUGGCCUUUCCCGAAGUACUUAUUGGCGGCUUGACAGUGAGUCUCCAGCCAGUUCUCGCUGUAGAGCUUGUUGGUUAAGAGCCUUUCCGGGGCAACACUCACCAUCGAGUACUUCGAGUGUCUCUUAACCGCUUUUUGGCGCCUAAAGUACAGUACUUCAAACUGUACCCCCAUAUCGAGCGUAGGUAAGAUUUGAAUUCCUGGAUCGGAACCGAAGCCUCCGAUCCCCGCACUAAGUCGGCAGUGCGUGUCGAACCGAUCGUCGAAGUGAUCGACGCAUCGACAUCUUUCCCGGCAUCGCCCGAAGUGUUCUUGAGGUCCAGCGCCUCUCCUCGAGCGCGCAUGUCUUUGAACCCAUGAGCUCCAGCCUCUUAAGUAUCUUCUCGGAAAUAUCGCCAUUCGGCUGAUAAUCAUGGAGGAACGGGUCCAUGAGUUGAAGGGUGAAGUCGACCCGUUUCCUCACAACAGGCGGGAACGCCUUGGUAGAACCCGCGUGUAAUAUGGGCAGCUUGCACUUGUUGAAUUCCUUGACGUCUUUUGAAUAUAUCUUGCCCUCGAAGAAACGCUGCACCCUGUACUUCUGGAUCUUGGCUUCGUCCGCGAGCGUGAUCACCCCUUGGUUUUGCUUGUUGAUCAGCUUUUCAAAGUCCUUGCCCGUAGAUGAGUGUGGUCAUUGUUCACUUCGGUGCCCGUGGAUACAUGUAGAGAUUCUGCAGCAGCUCCUUUUUCUCCUCUUCGUCGUCGAUACGAUCGAUCGUCGUGAACCAGGUGUAUUUGUUUGAGAUU